AUGGCCAUCUUACACGUUGUGAUGUUCCAGUUCAAAGCCCUCAUCCCGCUGGAAGAGGUCGCGGCUGGUUGCGAUCGCAUGCUUGUUCUUGGAGACAAAUGUAUCCACCCAACGACACAAGCGCCAUACGUCAAAGUGUUGGGCGGAGGUAAGGACAACAGCCCAGAGGGACUACAGAAUGGCAUCACGCACACGUUCGUGUUCCAGUUUGAGAACGAGGACGACAGAAAACACUACAUCGAAAAGGACGCAGCGCAUCUCGAGUUUAUUGCGAGCAUCAAGAACCUUGUUCAGAAGGUGCAAGUUGUCGACUUCACACCCGGAGUCUACUAA